UAACCUGCGCAGCUACGCCUCCUCCCCCUUCCCUUCCCACACGGCUUCUCUCGCUCCGUCAUUUGUGCCCCUUCCACUCUCUCCACUCGCUCUCUCUCUCUCUGGAGCUGCAUCACUAAUGAGUGAAUUAAAUUGGAUCUGCUAGCGCGGUACACAUCUCUAUCGUCUGCAUGCUUAAUUGGCGAGCUCUGCACUUGCAGCUGCUCAUUACUCUUUCUCUAUCUCUCCCUUGAUUGGUCUCCAGAUCUUAUGUCAUUUCAGAACAUUAUAGGGUGGGACGCCACUUCGUGCUCCGAUCGGCUUCUCAAGCGCUGCUUGGCCGAGGAGAUCACUUCCGAAUUGGAUCUUCUCCAGCCGGCGCUCUUCUUCUGUAGACAGCGAUGUGCGGGAGGCCAGUGCGGUUCUGCUUCUGCAUUUCCGAGGUGCGUCAUUUUCGCCUGAUGCGGUCCCCGUGAUCGAUCGACGCUAGCUGUAGCGUUUUUGCGUUUUGAAUGAUUCCAGUUCGUUCCGGAUGAAUCCUCUUUGCUGCAUUGCUCCGGUCUCCAUCGAUCGGGACCGGGCCAACCCGGUCGUAGCUAAACAGCCGAGCCAGUUGCAGCUAGGGUUCGAGAGUUCUUUGAGAAGCACCGGUGCGAAACCGAGCCUUUUAGCUCAGGUCUCGUCGGUGGGGACCGAUUCGGAAGGGUUGUGUUCUGUGAAUAACGAGGCGGAGGAUGCGGUGAGCGAAACGAGGGAAUCGAAAGUGUAUUGUGGGAAUGGAGGGGUUACUGGUGGUGGAGUGGCUGGGAUUCUGUACAAGUGGGUGAAUUACGGGAAGGGCUGGAGGUCGAGGUGGUUUGUGCUUGAAGAUGGCGUGCUUUCGUACUACAAGGUUCACGGGCCGGACAAGAUUGUGAUGAGUCCCGGAAGAGAGAAGGGUGUUAAGGUAAUUGGGGAGGAGUCUUUUAGAUAUAUGAGGAAGGCUAGUUGGAGCAAUAGUCGGCUUGCUAAUGGGUCUGCUAAGCAGUGGAAGCCUUUCGGGGAGAUACAUUUGAAGGUUUCUUCAAUACGAGCAAGCAAGUCAGAUGAUAAAAGACUCUCCAUAUUCACAGGAACAAAAACACUUCACUUGCGCUGCCUAUCUAGAGAGGACAGAGCUGCAUGGAUUGAAGCACUGCUGGCUGCUAAAGACCUUUUCCCUAGAGUAUUGGCUAGUAGUGAUUUUGCAUUCCCGGAAGAGGUUGUUGUUUCAACUGAGAAGCUAAGAUCACGGUUAUUGCAGGAAGGCAUUGGUGAGCCAGUCAUUAAGGACUGCGAAUCUAUUAUGCUUUUGGAACUCUCUGAUAUGCAAAACAAGUUGAACGCUCUCCAACAUAAGCAUGUAAUGCUGUUAGACAAAUUAAGACAAUUAGAGUCAGAGAAAAUAGAGCUGGAAACCACUGUAGUGGAUGAAACAAAGGGACGUGAAUCAUGUUGUGGGCAAGGAAAUAGAAGAUUCAGUGAUUUCUAUUCCAUCAUGUCAGAGGGCUCUGCAAGUGAUUCUGAUGCUGAUAAUUUCAGUCAAGGGGUAGAAAUCGAAACAGAUGAUGAUGAUGGAAUAUUUUUUGAUACAAAUGAUUUUUUAUCUUCUGAGCUAAGAAGCUCUUCUUAUCGUAGUCGAGAGGCUGUGGGAAAUGCUUUUAGUUCUUUGGUAUAUGAUAAAGAUUUUUUAUUUUCUGAUCACUUGCAUGAGGUUGAAAAGGAGAUCAGGACAGUCCAAUACCCAUACAUCCAAAGAAGGGAUAGUUUGCCAGAACCAAAAGAGAAAGAAAACCCAGUUGGUCUAUGGUCAAUUAUUAAGGACAAUAUUGGAAAGGACCUGUCUGGAGUUUGUCUUCCUGUUUACUUCAACGAGCCGCUUUCUUCCUUGCAGAAGUGCUUUGAAGAUUUGGAGUAUUCAUACUUGGUUGAUCGAGCAUUGGCAUGGGGAAAGCAGGGGAAUGAUUUGAUGAGAAUUCUAAACAUCGCUGCUUUUGCUGUGUCUGGAUAUGCUUCAACAGAAGGUCGGCAAUGCAAACCCUUCAAUCCCCUCCUCGGGGAGACUUAUGAGGCUGACUAUCCAGAUAAAGGUCUUCGCUUCUUCUCUGAAAAAGUGAGUCAUCACCCAAUGGUUGUUGCUUGUCACUGUGAGGGCAGAGGCUGGAAUUUCUGGGCAGACUCUAAUCUCAAAGGAAAAUUCUGGGGCCGUUCCAUCCAGCUUGAUCCGGUGGGUCUACUUACCCUACAAUUUGAAGAUGGGGAGACAUUUCAGUGGAGCAAGGUCACCACUUCUAUAUACAAUAUCAUAAUAGGUAAAAUUUAUUGUGAUCACUAUGGCACCAUGCGCAUUCGGGGGAGUGGCAAAUACUCAUGCAAGCUCAAGUUCAAGGAGCAGUCUAUCAUAGACCGAAAUCCCCAUCAGGUUCAUGGCUUUAUACAAGACAACAGAACUGGAGAGAAGGUGGCAAUGUUGAUGGGGAAGUGGGAUGAGGCAAUGUACUAUGUACUGGGAGAUCCAGCUACAAUGCCCAAGGGUUUUGAUCCAAUGACAGAAGCUGUUUUGUUGUGGGAAAGGGAUAAAACAACUUCUACCAAGACAAGAUACAACCUCACACCUUUUGCAAUAUCAUUAAAUGAGUUGACACCAGGCUUAACAGAGAAAUUGCCUCCAACUGACUCAAGGCUGAGGCCUGAUCAGAGGCAUCUAGAGAAUGGAGAAUAUGAGUUGGCAAACACAGAGAAGCUCCGACUUGAAUUGUUGCAGAGACAGGCAAGAAAGUUGCAGGAGAGAGGGUGGCAUCCGAGAUGGUUUCGGAAGGAUGAGGAUGGCUGUUACCGUUAUGUGGGUGGAUACUGGGAAGCAAGAGAGAAGGGGAAUUGGGAUGGAAUUCCCGACGUAUUCGGCCAGAGUAGCGAUAUGCCUCCAUGUUUAAUAGAAGUAUAGAUUGCCUUUUGGCCCAGUACGCGCUAGUUUAUUUCUGUACUCUUCCAUCUUUUCUUUAUAUAUGAAGGAUUUCUUGUUGGGAACACAUAAAGAUGAGUACCAAAUAUGCAAUUAAAGUAAUUAUAAUCAUAGUUUUCCGAUGUA